AUGAUUCCUCAUGAGGACUACAAUAGAAAAACACAUAAAAAUGACAUCAUGCUUCUCCAGCUGGCACACAAAGCUACAAUAACCAAGACCGUGAAGACAAUCCGUCUGCCCCAAGCUAAUGCUGUGUUGAAACCAGGGACCAAAUGCAGCGUGGCUGGCUGGGGAAGUACUAAAAUAUUCAGUUACCAGACAUCCAACCAGCUCCAAGAGGUGGACUUGAAGGUGGCUGACAAGAAGCAGUGUAAGCAGUUAUAUCGCUCUUUCAACUCCACUUCGAUGAUCUGUACGGGGCACAGAGGAGACAAGAAGUCACCCUUCAAGGGCGAUUCCGGGGGCCCUCUUGUGUGCAACAGCAUAGCCCAGGGUAUUGUGUCCUUCUCAACGGCCUGCGGCCUGCCUCCUACUUUCUAUACGCGUAUCUCAGCCUACAUCAAUUGGAUAGAGGAGAACAUGGGCCAGGAAUAGCUCUGGAGAGGUAACAGAGGGAGGCUGGUUGUUAGCUGCUGUGUUGCUUCGCUGCACUCAGUGCCUUGGGAAGUUUCUUUCAGAGCUGGGGGUCUCAACUCUGUCCAGAGCAUGUCAAAAUGUUCCCUGACACUUGCCAUAAUUUCCUCUCAACAGGAUGAGGAUACCCUGAGCUAGCCUUCUUCCCUGCCCAUUUGAGGGGAAAGACCCAACUUCCCAUUCCCUGAGCGUCCCAAUACAACUGAUUUCUCCUCAGUAUAGGGCUAGACUCCAGCCAGCCACACAGAGAUGAAGUCCCUGUACCACAUUACCCAACUCUCCUAAGCUAGCCAGACCCUCUCCUCUGGCUGCAUGGAAGCUGGUGCCCUCCAGAACUGAAAGUUUCAAGGUGCCAUUUGCUCCACUUUAGCCUCUUCAUUUCUAGUGCGAAAACCUUUCCUUGAAAUGCAGCA